AUGAACGCGGUCGCUCUCACUACCGCCCACGCUCUAGGGAUUCUCGAGAGCGAUMACCGCAGAGGCAGGAUCUCCGUCCACCAGCACAUGAUUACGCUCGCGGUCCUGAUUACCAUGAUCAUGCUCGUGGUCCUGAUUACCAUCGUGAUCACUCUCCAAGACGUGGAUAUCCCCAACACCGAUCUACUCGAGACAGUUACAGGCCAGGAGUACAAUCUCCGCCAAGGCGGCCGCCUUCGAGGAACCGCCGCGACGACGAGAGCGAUGGACGUUACCGAGCCCGCUCCCUCAGCAGACGCCGUUCAUCAUACCAUCGCAGAGGRGGUGAUGGCGGCAGUGGAAGAGAUCGAGAUCGAGACCGAUCCCCGAGCAGACGCCGUUCACCAUACCGUCGCAGAGGAGGUGAUGAUAGUGGGAGAGAUCGAGACCGGGAACGCUCUCCGAGCAGACGCCGGUCAUCAUACCAUCGCAGAGGAGAUGAUGAUGGUAGGAGAGAUCGAGACCGGGAACGCUCUCCGAGAAGAGAACGCUCAGCCUACCGCCGCAGAGGAGAUGAUGGCGAUAGAAGAGAUGGCAGAGAUCGCUCUCAGAGGAGAGAACGCUCAGCCUACCGCCGCAGAGGAGAUGAUGGCGAUGGAAGAGAUGGCAGAGAUCGCUCUCUGA